AAUAUAUUAUUCACAAAAGGAUAUAAUUGCAUAUUGUGAAGGUCGAGAAGGAAAAAACCCUAAAUUUCGUUCUUCUCUCUCUCUCUCUUCGCACUUGCGGAACGAACGACGAUUUGAAGAACCAUCAUUCAUUCAGGGUGGUGGAGGCAGCAGUCGUAGAGGUGGGUGGUUGGUUGGGAUUUGAAAAUGAGCUUAGACAGCAGGAGCAGGAGCAGAAGCAGAAGCAGGAGCAGGAGUCCCAUGGAUCGCAAGAUGCGUACCGAGCGCAGCUCUUAUCGUGAUGCUCCAUACAGGAGGGAUUUUCGUCGGGGUUACAGCCAAAGCAAUCUGUGUAAGAAUUGCAAAAGACCGGGUCAUUAUGCGAGGGAAUGCCCUAACGUGGCAAUUUGCCAUAACUGUGGACUUCCAGGGCAUAUUGCAUCAGAAUGUAGCACCAAGUCUCUAUGCUGGAACUGUAGAGAGCCUGGGCACAUGGCGGGGAACUGCCCAAAUGAGGGCAUCUGUCACACAUGUGGGAAGACAGGACACCGUGCUAGAGAAUGCACCACUCCUCACCUGCCACCUGGUGACACGAGGCUAUGCAACAACUGCUACAAGCAAGGCCACAUAGCAGCUGAUUGCACCAAUGACAAGGCCUGCAAGAACUGCAGGGAGACUGGCCACCUUGCUCGAGAUUGCACAAAUGAUCCAGUGUGCAACUCCUGCAAUGUAGCAGGCCAUGUUGCUAGAGAAUGCCCAAAGGGAAGUAUGGUUGAUGAUAGAGGGGGUCCACGUGGUGGCUUUCGCGACAUUGUUUGCAGGACCUGCCAGCAAGUUGGGCAUAUGAGCCGUGAUUGUGUUGAUUUGAUUAUCUGUCACAACUGUGGUGGAAGAGGCCACCUGGCAUACGAAUGCCCUUCUAGUAGGCUUAUGGAUCGCUAUUCAAGGAGGUACUGAUGGUAACACGGUCUACGCUUGAGUUUCGGGUAAGAUGAUUGAUUAGUAUUCUGAACUUUUUAUUUUGUUUGAGUAUGAGGUGAAUGAGUGAAUCGUGUUGAUCGGGCAUUGUAGCUUGAUGUGAUUGCUGUAGGUUUAUUUUAAAUAGAGUAAUUCACGUACUAAUAAUAAUGAUGUUUAAGACUUGCAAUGUUAUUUGGGAGAAACAUAUUUGUAUACGUGAUUGUUGUCA